AUGAAUAUUAACACGGACAAUUUAUUGUGGAUUGCGUUAGCAAUCUCGUUGUCCAGUACUGCCAUAAUAUUUCUCUACAGGAACAGCAGCUGGUUUAGUAGCAGUAGUAUGAUGACGAUCAGAUUAUCAUCAUCAAAGUACAAAACCCCACUUCCUUUAGGCACUCUUGGAUGGCCCUUUAUCGGUGAAACCAUCGACUUCGUUUCAUGUGCUUACUCAGACCGCCCUGAAAGCUUCAUGGAUAAACGCCGUCGCAUGUAUGGGAAGGUGUUCAAGUCACAUAUAUUUGGAAGUCCGACUAUAGUAUCAACAGAUGCAGAAGUGAGCAAAUUUAUACUACAAAGUGAUGCAAAGGUGUUCGUUCCUUCUUACCCGAAAUCUCUAACCGAGUUGAUGGGAAAAUCUUCCAUUUUGCUCAUCAAUGGGAGCUUACAAAGGAGAAUUCAUGGUCUCAUAGGUGCCUUCUUCAAAUCCCCUCAUCUCAAAGCUCAAAUCACCCGAGACAUGCAAAGUUAUGUUCAAGAAUCAAUGGAGAAAUGGAGAGAAGACCAGCCCAUUUUCAUACAAGAUGAAACCAAGAAUAUUGCCUUUCAAGUAUUAGUCAAGGCAUUGAUUAGUUUGGAUCCUGGUGAAGAAAUGGAGCUGCUAAAGAAACAGUUCCAAGAAUUCAUUGCUGGUCUCAUGUCCUUACCUUUAAACAUCCCUGGAAGUCAACUUUAUCGAUCAUUACAGGCAAAGAAGAAAAUGGUGAAGUUAGUGCAGAAAAUCAUCCAAUCUAAAAGAGAAGGUAGAGCUGGGAUUGUUUCAAUGGCACCAAAGGAUGUAGCGGAAGUGUUGCUUAAUGAUGCAAGUGAACAGUUAACAGAUGAUUUAAUAGCUGAUAAUAUGAUCGAUAUGAUGAUACCUGGUGAGGAUUCAGUGCCGGUCCUCAUGACUCUUGCUGUUAAGUACCUUUCAGAUUGCCCUGCUGCUCUGCAACAAUUGACGAAGGAGAACAUGAAAUUGAAAAGUCUCAAAGCUCAGCAUGGGGAGCCAUUGUGCUGGACUGAUUAUUUAUCUCUACCCUUUACUCAAACGGUGAUCACAGAAACUCUAAGAAUGGGAAACAUAAUAAUCGGGGUGAUGAGAAAGGCGAUGAAGGACACAGAAAUUAAAGGGUAUUUGAUACCCAAAGGAUGGUGUGCUUUUGCAUAUUUCAGGUCAGUUCAUCUUGAUGAAAACAACUAUGAGUGGCCUUACGAAUUCAAUCCAUGGAGGUGGCAAGACAAGGAUAUGAGCAUUAAUGGCAGCUUCACUCCAUUUGGAGGAGGACAAAGAUUAUGUCCUGGACUUGACCUCGCCAGGCUGGAAGCUUCAAUCUUCUUGCACCACUUUGUCACCCAGUUCAGGUGGGUGGCUGAGGAGGAUACUGUAGUGAAUUUCCCUACUGUAAGAAUGAAGAGAAGAAUGCCGAUUUGGGUCAAAAGGGGAGGAGAAAAUUAAGCAAACAUCAUGAGCAAGAAAAAGUUUCAAAGAAACUUGACAAUGAUGACAAACCCAGCAUGAAAAGACUAGAGAAAUAAGGAAAAGAAAAAUAGAAUUCAUGGUGACAGAGACACGUGUGGGAACAUCAACAAUCUGACAUAAUUUCUCUUCUUCUUCUUCAGACGUCCAGCAAAUAUAGACAUUUAGAGAACAGAAGAAUAACAUUUUUUUUCUCUACAUUUUUCUGUUUUUUGGUUGGUUGGGAUCCAAAAUAUGUAAUAUCCAUUUUUCAUUGCUUCUUUUA